CUCGUGAGGAUGGGUGGGGACGGCGGACUGGACGGCUUAGGAGGGCCAGGAGUGCAGCUCGGAAGCCCAGACAAGAAGAAGCGCAAGUCCAGCGCGCAGGGACCCUCUUUCCCUCCACCCUCAGAAUAUGCCCCGCCGCCGAAUCCCAGCGCUGAUCACCUUAUAGCCGCGAAUCCGUUUGACGAUAACUACAACUCCAUUUCUUACAAGCCGCCGUUGCCGUCAGGAAACCCUUAUUUUGCUAAUUCCAGCUACCCGGGCUUUGGAGGGGGCUACCCUACCUUCAGAAUGCCACCCCACAUGCUCCCCAGGAUGUCCUCGCCGUACGGCGCCACUUACCCGCUCAGAAACCAGCCACACCCCUUUCCUCAGAACCCGGUGGGCCUGGUCUUCAAUCGGCCACAAGCCAUUAACUUUGGGCCGCAUGAAACGGUGGGUUUUGGAAACCAGCCAUCCUAUAAUGCCAACAUGAAUCAAAAUCUCAGCUUGCCCGGGCAGCCCCACUUCAGACCCAGCCCCGGGGAGAACUUUGGCCACAUGCCUUCACAGAAUACCACCCAGAUGUCCCACCAUGAGAUGCCAGUCCAUUUCGGGCCUGGGAACAACCCGCCUUUUAACAACUCCCCGAUGGAAUCAAAUCCCUCCUACGCUCCCCUGCCGAACCAUUACGGCCAGUCCAAGCCUCCCCCAAAGCCCGGUGCAAACAAGCACAGCAACACCCCACAGCAUCACCCCUCACACGGCACAGAGGACGUGGUGAGCUCAGGAAACGCCGACGUGAAAACGGGGAACCGAAGCGUCUCAGCCAGCCAGGAAAGUGUCCCGCCUAAAAACGUUGAUAAUCUGAACAGCACCCACGCCAACGGGACACCCGGCAAGCCCCGCCUGGCCCGCGGAGGGUCAGCCGAAGGGGGCGCCGCCGAGAAGGGCAGCAAAAUGCCCCUCCAUCCCAGCCAGCACGGACACCCGUCCUCCGAGCCUGUCUAUCCCUGUGGGAUUUGUACGCACGAGGUGAACGAUGACCAGGACGCCAUCCUCUGUGAAGCUUCCUGCCAAAAGUGGUUCCAUCGCAUCUGCACGGGCAUGACGGAGUCCGCCUACGGCUUGCUCACCGCGGAGGCCUCGGCCGUGUGGGGCUGCGACACUUGCAUGGCCGACAAGGAUGUUCAGCUCAUGCGCACGAGGGAAACGGUGGGGCCUCCUGUGUUGAAUGCGGACGCAUGAGAUGCCGGACUCCUCUGGGAUCCCCGGGGUGCGGCUCCAGAGACCGGCUGUUGUGGGUCUGCCCACUCUGGGUAAACACCCUGUUCCUUGGAGGGUUGUUUCUGUUGGCUUGAUCUUGGUCAGUCGCUCUCCAGUCUCUCUUCUCUGCCCAAGUGCAUUACGUUUUUCAUCAGAAGAACCUCUGGGAAAUGCUUGAUGGAUGAUUAACCGGAAGUGUGCUUUUACACCCAUGGAAAGUAAUUGGAUAUGUUUUGAAGAGGCAACCCCCCCCCCCAUUUUUGUGGGGAGAGCAGCCGGUGGCUAUGCACCUGAUAGCAGUAUGGGAUGGGAUAAUCCAGAGCGGCGGCUGUACAUGUUCAGUCUUGGCCACUCUCUGAUCGGGAGUUUGGUCUGUCCUCUCCUCUGGAGCUUUUCUUAAGUUCUAAAGACAGAAGAGGGGACCUAAGAAGAAAAAUCAAGCAAUACUUAUCUUAAGACGGCCAUCAGCCACGUCAGCUGGACCAGGCACACCUAGUCUAUGUUGAUAUUUAGUUCAGAACCAGAGUGCUCAUGUUUAGCGUGUCUAAGAGAGACACCCCCCCCCUUGAAGCUAUUUCUGGCGUGGGCUUUCCAAGGCCCUGCCCGUCUUCCAUGUUUUCUCUAGAAGAACAACCCGGUGAGUUCCCAGCGCUCGGAGGAGCGCACGGAGGCCGGGGGCCUGAAACCGAAGCCGAGUGUUUUCCCUCUCAUUCUGAAAGCAGAUUGGAAGAGUUUUGUGACUCUCUCCUGGGAAGGGAAGCCCAUGCUCAGCCUUUCGUGGCUGUCUUUGGGGAUUUCCUUCUCCGGCAGAUCAGUUGCGUAAGACUAGGGACCUCGGCUGAAAGGAGAGCCCUGCGGUUCCACCUCAUGUGGAUGUGGCUGCUCCUGGGGAUCACUCUUUGUGGCACAGAGCAUUUUCUGCCGUGGCUGGGCGGUAGGCAGGGUUGCUGGCUGUUUCCAUCGACUGUGACCCACUGAGGUCAGAGGUUUGCCCUGAGGACAGCACGGCCUUUGGAGCUUGCGAGGGUGUCCGGGAAAAGAGAAGGAGCUGCAGCAGGGGGACCGUCAGCCUGUUGCCUGUGCAGGCUGGCAGGGCCCCUGCAGUGUUUCUGCCUUGCUGCUUUGCAAGGUGUCUCCACUGGGCCACGGAAGCCGGCAAAACGGGGCUUGCCGCCUGGGCCUCGGCCUGAUUUCCUGAGGUCCCUCGUCCUGUCUGUUUCCGUUCGUCGGAGGGGCUAGUGCUAGUCCAAAAGCACGAGGCAUGCACAGUGAUGUCUAGAGAAUGGUCCCCCCCCCCCGCUGGCUCUUGAAGCCACGGCCAACUCCUCCCUUGAUGCUCAUGGUCGUCUUCUGCAGGGCUCCUUGUUUGGGGUUGCGCCGAGGUGUGCCUGGCACAAAGGAAGGAGACCCCGGGGGGCCUUGAGCAACUGGGGGAGCAACCUUGGUAUCGCUUGGUCCCUCUGUGGCACAGGCGUGCGUCCAUCGGUUUGCCCGUUUGGCCGAGGGGUGCCACAGGACAGUGCCACACAGUCAUGGCACUCCUUUUCGCCAAGGAGGACGUGCUUUCAGAUAUACUCCCUACAAUAUACACCCUGUUCCUGCAGGCAUUUUAGUUGCUCCCAUUUAGGACAAGUUGAAAUGAGAAGGAUAAUGUGGAGGGACUCUCAGCGUUGCCUCCGGCUGGCUUCUCUUCUCUGCCUGUGCCAAGGAGAAUGGCUCGGGAUUCCCCACAUAAAGCCUUGCGUAGGGAAGUCCCAUUGAAUGUGACAAUUCUAUCGCCCUCCCCCAGCCAGAAGAGUGGAGUUUGCCGCCACUGGGGUUUCCUGCUUGGUUGUCUUCUUCCAUACAUGACCCCAAGGCAGCCUCGGCCCCUCACCACAGUUGUGGUGCCUCCGGCAUGAUUUUACCUGAGCCACAAACGCUCCCAGAUUGGGACGAGGCAAAACGCCUCCAUGAAUAGGCCCGGUGAAAUUCCCCCAUCCGGCGCCCUUCGUGGUACUUUGGCUAUUUGGGGGAUUAUAUUUCAGAACUAUGGGAAAAUUUUCUUUCUCAAAUGUGUAACUUUUUGUUUUGUUUGUUCUGGGAUUUUU